AUGGAAGAGGUGCACAAGAGCGGCAGUACCAGCUCAGUGACGCCUUCACAAACGGCAGCCGUACAAGGUACAACACUACAGGCAGCUCAGCUCUCUCAUAUUGCUCAACAGAUGUCUCUAAGAGGUCCUGCUCCCCUGACGGUCGUUCAGCUUCCUGGAGAGCAAGUCCAGGUCCAGGGAGUCAUUCAGACAGCUCAGUCCUCUUCUGUCAUCCACUCACCCCAGGUGCAAACCGUGCAGGUAUCUUCUUUGUCCGAGAGUGAGGAUUCUCAGGAUUCAUCAGAUAGCAUAGGCUCUUCACAGAAAGCUCGAGGCAUCUUAGCUCGUCGUCCAUCGUACCGAAAAAUUUUGAAAGAUCUUUCUUCUGAAGAUACCCGCGAUAGAAAAGGAGAUGAGGAGACUCCUGGUGUCUCCACUGUUACGUCGAUGUCCGUUCCCACGCCCAUCUACCAGACGAGCACCGGACAGUACAUUGCCAUUGCUGCGAACGGGUUACAGCUGGCCAGCCCGGGAGCGGAUGGCGUGCAAGGCCUGCAGACGCUAACGAUGGCGAACGCUGGGAGCACUCAGCCUGGGACGACGAUCCUGCAGUACGCACAGACGUCAGACGGCCAGCAGAUCCUCGUCCCCAGCAACCAGGUGGUUGUGCAGACUGCGUCGGGAGACAUGCAGACUUACCAGAUCCGCACCACGCCGACCACCACGUCCCUUCCUCAGACCGUGGUGAUGACGUCUCCCGUCACUCUGACGUCACAGACAAGUAAGACGGAUGAUCCGCAGUUGAAACGAGAAAUAAGGCUGAUGAAGAACAGAGAGGCUGCUCGAGAGUGCCGUCGGAAGAAGAAAGAGUACGUUAAAUGUCUGGAGAAUCGAGUUGCGGUCCUGGAAAACCAGAACAAAACUCUAAUUGAAGAGCUAAAAACUUUGAAAGAUCUUUACUGUCAUAAAAGUGUGUAAGAAAAGAAGGUAAAACUUUUGUGGACUGUUUAAAUUUCAGAGGAGAAUUUUUUUUUUUUUAUACUGAAUUUUUUAAACUAGAUGAAAGGUCAAAAAUGAAACUUUUCUACCUAGAUUUCACAGCUUAAAGACUAUAUAGAUUUUAUUUACAACAUGUUGGUGACA